ACCCGCAGCAAAUGCAAUAUCCGACCUCAGCCAUGGCGAGUCCCUACCCCAGACCACGACCCGAUCGAGUCCCGCAUCUAAACGACGGCCUGAACCCACAACGUGCUGUCUCUGCAUAUCCCCAUAUCAGUAUGAUGAACCAUCAUCAUGUUCUUACACAUCCGCCUCCGCCGCCGUUAGGGCAACCCGCUCUGUUUGACGACCGAGUUUCUGUUGCAGUUCCUGGAUUACAAAACAUAGGUAACGGUAGCAGUAAUCUGAUGGGAAAUAACGAGGAAGAUAGCGAAAUGAUGGACAGCUUUUUCCAAGGAAACCCUAUUGAUUGGAACCUCGAUGACAUCGGUUUGGUCCCUAUGAUCGAACCGGUAUUGCCCAUUUCCCAUGAUUUAUCUUCUCUCUUACACAAUCCUGAACCCUGUACGGAAAACGUCAGCCAAUAUUUCGACCCACAACCUCCUUCGACAUCAUCUUCCAGUGAUCAGAUGAUACCGAAAUCUGAGUUUCAAGGUGCUAAUCAGCAAGAAAACAUCAAUGGAGGGUUCAACGUUAAUGGCCAUUACAUGAAGAAAUAAGCUCACGCUACAUUUUCCUGGCGUCGAUCGGCUUUCUUUCAAGACGGAGCACUGAUUCACCGGUUAUUGAAGUUUGUAAAUUCAGCUUUUUGUAAGCAACCCAC